CACCACCUUGCUUCCACCAUAAUCACUGCGACCCCUAGCGUACCUACCUCCUUCCUCAUCUUGGAACCUCUCCGCCCGCUAGGCCGACGCCCUAAAUACGCAACUCUCAAUAUCUGAAUCCUCAACGUAGGCUUCCAGCCGCGUAACUGUUUAGUGAACCUCCGUUGUCCUUCCACCUACCACAUUCACACCCACACCCACCCACAAUGAGCGGCAGCGAUCCGGAGCGCGAGCAUGCGCUGGAGGAAUACAAGGAUAAGUUGAUGGACUCGAGGGAGUGGGAGGCGAAGCUGAAGGCGCUACGGUUGGAGAUCAAGGGACUGCAACAUGACUUCGAUGUUUCGGAGGACAACAUCAAGGCGCUGCAGAGUGUAGGGCAGAUAAUAGGUGAAGUGCUGAAGCAGCUAGACGAGGAGAGAUUCAUUGUCAAAGCGUCCUCAGGACCUCGAUAUGUCGUCGGCUGCCGAUCGAAAGUCGACAAAGCAAAGCUGAAGCAAGGAACCCGUGUCGCGCUCGAUAUGACGACUCUCACAAUAAUGCGGAUGUUGCCACGCGAGGUAGACCCGCUCGUCUACAACAUGUCCUUGGAGGAUCCCGGCCAGGUCAGCUUCGGUGGAAUCGGUGGAUUGAAUGAGCAGAUUCGGGAACUACGGGAGGUCAUCGAGCUACCACUCAAAAAUCCCGAGCUGUUCUUGCGAGUCGGCAUUAAGCCGCCGAAGGGUGUGUUGCUCUACGGUCCCCCUGGUACCGGAAAGACGCUACUUGCGCGCGCUGUGGCAAGCAGUUUAGAGACAAAUUUCCUAAAGGUCGUCUCCUCCGCCAUCGUCGACAAAUACAUCGGAGAAUCAGCCCGCCUGAUUCGAGAGAUGUUCGGUUAUGCCAAGGAACACGAGCCAUGCAUUAUCUUCAUGGACGAGAUUGACGCUAUCGGUGGGCGAAGAUUCUCGGAGGGCACAUCAGCAGACAGAGAGAUCCAGCGAACGUUGAUGGAGCUACUCAAUCAGCUAGACGGUUUCGACUACCUUGGACAGACUAAGAUCAUUAUGGCAACAAAUCGACCAGAUACCCUAGACCCCGCGCUUCUUCGAGCUGGACGGUUAGACCGAAAGAUCGAGAUUCCGCUGCCGAACGAGGUUGGGCGGCUUGAGAUCAUGAAGAUUCACGCACAGGGUGUGCAGACGGAAGGCGAGAUUGACUUUGAGAGCAUCGUCAAGAUGAGUGAUCAGUUUAACGGUGCUGACUUAAGGAACAUCGUCACUGAAGCUGGCCUCUUCGCUAUCAAAGACUAUAGGGACGCCAUCAACCAAGACGACUUCAACAAAGCCGUCCGCAAGAUGGCCGAAUCCAAGAAGCUGGAGGGCAAACUAGAGUACCAGAAGUUGUGAUGAGCGCAUUCGAUCCGUUUGGUUCUACCCCAAACGUUCUCUUGGACAGCAAUCCUGGCGUCUAUGGCGCUCUCGGCACAUAGAUCAUGUAGUAUAAUAGCUAGCUAGACUCUGCAUGACACUUGGCCCCGUCAACUAUCAUAUUAGCAAGCAAGCAUCACAAUCACAUUUUCGGCCAUGUUGUCAUUGUGAACGUUGAUUUCGUCUACGAUGAACCAUA